ACGGGGGAUGUCCAUUUAUAGAAGCAAGCUCGUACUAUUUAUUGUUCACUCAGCUUCAAAGUUUGAUUCAAGUCCAGAUUUGACAGCAGCUUCAUCAGCUCGUACCGUGCCAUUCAUACCCCAACCAUCGAUAAAACCCCGAAGGAUCAGCAGGAGGUCGGACACUGGAAGUCCGCCUCGGCUACCUCCUUGCCUUUUUUUGUGAUUCGCAGGUUUGGACCAAACUUGAGUAAAGCAGCUGUGGCUGACCGUAGGCCGUGUUUUCUGGCCAAGGUUAGCGCGUUGGAUCAGCAGAUCACAGUUUGUCGAUGCACACUGCAACGUCGUACUAUUGUUCACUCAGCUUCAAAGUUUGAUUCAAAUCCAGAUUUGACAGCAGCUUCAUCAGCUCGUACCGUGCCAUUCAUACCCCAACCAUCGAAAAACCAUCGAUAAAACCCCGAAGGAUCAGCAGGAGGUCGGACACUGGAAGUCCGCCUCGGCUACCUCCUUGCCUUUUUUUGUGAUUCGCAGGUUUGGACCAAACUUGAGUAAAGCAGCUGUGGCUGACCGUAGGCCGUGUUUUCUGGCCAAGAUGGAGAGCGCUAUGGACUCCGCUCCUCACACCACGGAGCAGACCAAGAAUUUAGUACCCGAGAAGACGGUGCAGGCCCAGGCACACGCUGAGGGAAUGGGGCAGGCUGCCAAGGACAAGGCCAACCAGGCCGGUCAGGCCACAUCUGAUGCCGCCCAGACGACCAAGGACAAGGCUGCUGAGGCCAAGGACAAGGCAUGGCAUUUCGUGCGACAGGCUGGUGACAAGGUGAUGGAAAUUAUUACCACAAUUUCCACAGCUUGUAUAGCUUACAGCGCUUGGUGCAAUGACGAGUGAAAGAAGAGAACCAAAGAUAAAUUGAAGUUAUUAAAGUGCCAGAAGCAACAUCCAGUUCUCACGUGUCUAGAAUAGUCCACAGCACGGUUGCCAGGUGUAGGGCACGUAGAGACUCACGAGAGCGCAUCCAAAUAUAGUGCCGCCUCUAAAGUGGAAGAUAUUCUCUCUAAAAUAGCGACGAGUUGCUAGUCUAUAUUAUUGCUCUUGGCAUUGGCUAGGUGUUCUUUUGGUUCUCUCCUAGGUUGGAUUGUUUGUUUUCUGUUUUGGUCCCACGGGUUUGAUCUAUUUAUCAUUCCCAUAAAUUUUGCCAAUUUGUCCAACAUUCAUACGGAUAUAAAAUGAAA